AUGGCGAAACGCAAGAGAGAGCAGCUGACUAAAGAGCCUCAACCGGUACAACCAACAAAGAUUGCCAAAUCGUCAAAAAAUGGAGAAUCAUCGUCUCCCCAGCACAACGACGCUGCUCCUAUCACCUUGCAAAUAGUCACUGGAUCCUACGAGCGUGUGCUGCAUGGUUUCACUGCAUCGAUUGAUUCAACCUGCUUUGAUGCCAAAGCGUCAUCUGAUGAUUCUUCUAGGGCUCAGUUUGUGGAUACAUUCUUAUUUGAAGCCCAUUCCUCUGCGAUAAAAUGCCUGGCCUUGUCGCCCCUGCCAAACAAAGAUUCUACAGAGCCUCCAAAGGUCAUGCUAGCUAGUGGGGGCAGCGAUGAGCGUGUCAAUCUCUAUACGCUAUCAGUGGCUCCUCCAGCGGUCAAUGAGCUUUAUCCGACGGUCCCUACCCUCGCUGGAAACAAGAUUUUGGAAAACCCCCAAAACAGAGAGCUUGGAGCUCUUCUUCACCAUUCAGCUCCGAUUACCGCACUAAGUUUCCCCUCGCGAUCAAAACUUUUGGCGUCGUCCGAAGACAACAGCAUCUCAGUCAACAAGACUCGAGACUUGACUGUCAUUUCUACCAUCAAAGCCCCCCGCCCAAAGGUUCAAGGCAGGCCUAGCGGAGAUACUGCCCCUCCCGGGGGCUGUCCAUCUGGUGUCAAUGACUUUGCUGUGCAUCCUAGUAUGAAGUUGAUGCUCAGCGUGGGAAAGGGGGAAAAGUGUAUGCGGUUGUGGAACCUGGUCACUGGGAAGAAAGCUGGGGUUUUGAAUUUCAACAAGGAGAUUCUGCAGAGCGUGAAGGAAGGCAAAUGGAGCACCGGUGAGGGGAGGAAGAUAGCUUGGAACUCUGAAGGAGAAGAAUUCACAGUCGGGUUUGAAUGGGGCGCCGUAGUCUUUGGGAUUGAUUCAACGCCUAUUUGCAGAGUACUUCCUACUCCCCGGAGUAAGCUACAUGCGAUCAAAUACGUACCAAUCUCUUCAGGCGAGUUGAUCGCCGCCUCGACGGAAGACGGCAGAAUUAUAUUCUACUCGGCCCAUAAACUACGAGAACCAGAGGAGGGCGAUGAGUCGACCAUUCCUUAUGCUGAGCCAGUUGCUCAGCUCGGAGGCAAAUCCCAAGGAUUUCCUGGCAGGGUGAAAGACUUUGAGAUCUUGAGUUUGGAGGGGCAGCCAGGAGCCAAGAGUGGUGACUUUGCUGUCGUUACAGCAAAUAGUGAAGGAGUUGUGCGUGUUUGGCGGUUACUCGGAAUGGAGUUGCGCAUGACUGGAAGAAAGAAGUCGGGCGACGCAAAGGAUCUUCAGGUGGGCAAGCUUCUGAACUCUUAUGAAACGGGAAACCGGAUUACCUGCCUGAAGGCUUUUGUCAUGAUGCCUGCCGAAGAUCCUCUUACGCUUGAGGAUCUUGAUGGGUCGUCUGAUGAAGAAAGUCCGCUGGAAUCUAGCAGCGAAGGGAGUGAUGAAGAAUAG